CGUGACGUGUAAAACCGUUAUUUUUAUAGAAGUUUUUGUGACAUGGGGAAAAUGCGUCAUCUUUUCCGGAUGUUUUUUCACUCAUUAUAAAUGUUGAUUUUUACAUUUAAUCGGCAAUAUUGCUACAUUGAUUACGGAAAAUGGACGUAGCUGUGUAUUUGGUGUGGAUUGUAUAUGCCUGUCUAGGAUUUGUGAAUGGGGGCUUGGAAUCCCUGUCUGAUUCAAAAUAUGAAGAUAAAACCAUCCCGGUUGACAUAACAUACAAACAUGCGACAACAAAGGGCCAUUUUCUCCACGUGGAGGUAACGCCACAAGGUGGAAGUGACGUCAUAUCCUUACGUCUUUUUCGCGUCAAGCGAAACGCUCUUCCCCCAUCGCUACUGGUAGUUACGGAGGACGGACUCGUGGAGGAUGUCUUCAGCAACAAUUCAAUACGGCUUCAAAGUGAGAAAACAUUCUACAAAGAUGAAGAAAAUACUUCGGCAUUUUCCAUUGAUUGGAAAGACGGGCAGAUCAACAUAAUGCAUGGACACUUCGUUAGAGAUGGUCUCCUCCAUUCCGUCAUAUCAAGUGAUGAGAAUGUCGAAGGUCAGCGGUCACCAAGGUCAUCAGGUGCGGGCAGAAGUCGUGUUACUCUUCCUCACUCAAUGUCCAAGUCCACUACACCCAUUGACCUUACAGGAGACGUCAUACAAUUCAACGAAACAACAGUAGUCACUGAACGACGAAGGCGGAAAAGGCAGUCAGACGGUUCACAGCAACUGUACGUGGAGUAUGUAGUGGUCACAGACUACCAGAACUACCUCAAAUGGAAGACGGAUAUCGUUGCACUUAAUAUGACUGACACAGAAAAGGAUUUGACCGCAAAAUACAACAUGCUUGAGUUCUAUCAACAUGUAGUACAUGGGAUGGACGUAAUCUUCAAGACUCUUUCUAGCCAGAACCUGCAAGUAGAAAUUGUACUCACCGGCCUUGUCAUCUGUAAUGAAUCAAAUAUCUGCCCCUGGUCGGAGAAACACAGGAUCUGUUCCGACUGUGAUACUGUUGACGAUAAGGAAUGUCUGUUUGAGUUUUCAAAAUGGAGACGAGAUGUGCUCAAACGCUUACUGGAUCACGACCAUGCCACAUUGUUCACGGGAUAUGAUUUAUACUACAAACUAAUGCAGUCUAAAAAGACAGUUGGUCUGGCGUACAUGAGUAACAUGUGUCAGAACGGUUCGGUGUCUCUAGUGGAGGAGAAAAGAAAUGCCUUAUCUAUACAUAUUGCUGCACACGAGCUGGGACAUAGUUUUGGUUCCCACCAUGAUGGUAAUGUGGUCGCCGAAGCGUGUCCAGAAGGAGACAAGUACUUGAUGGCCCCAAGCAUGCUAGGGGUGACUGAUCCCACAGAAGCGAGUCAUCCGUGGUGGUUCUCUCCUUGCUCACGGACCGCCAUAUACGACUACAUAGAAAGUCUGGACAGGAAGGGCUUGAAUUGUAUGAUGAAUGUUCCUGGCCUAUAUAACCCGCGUACAGAAGACGGAGCGGGACUGACUUAUCUUCCGGACGACCAAUGCAGGGCACAGUAUGGCAAACGAUCUGCGGUAUGCAGGGAAUAUCAUGUGGACGCCUGGAGCAGUAUCUGUUACAGCAUGGCGUGUCGUAUCCCGGGGAAAGGGGAGUGCACUCUCAUCUAUCCCCACGACGGUACACCCUGUGCGAACCUGAGGUGGUGCCAGCAAGGCAACUGUAUAUACAGUGGAAAUACACGUGACGUUGAUGAGUUGUGUCCCCUUGGUGAUGACCCAAACUACGUCUGUACGUCAUCAGACUGUGAUGGUUCAGUACGAAUGAGAGCGCACUGCUGUCAGACAUGUCGACACAUGAUAACUGUCGCCAUGACAACUUCCACAGUUACCACAACAACACGCGACACUACGAAAACAUCAACAGAUACUACGACUGUCACGACAACACCACAUGUCACUACUAUUGCCACAACAACACCAUCUGUUACCACAACGAUGGAAUCUACAAAAUCAACUUUGACUGAUGAUGACGUCGGCGUCAUCACCACAACGCAACAAAAUGCAACCACUUAUUCACCCACGGAUGUAAAUAAAUCAAUAUCUUCAGGCACGGUCAAGCCUAUAGUCUCGUCCACGCCUACAAGUCAUCCAAUGUCCUCAAUACUUUCUACGCCCACAAGCCAGAUAUCCCCUAUCAAUCAGUCUGAACCUACACAGCAAAUGACACCGUCAGUAACAAUGGAUCGAUCAGAUAUAACUGGAAGUACAAUUUCAUCCACCAACCAACCACCACGUUCUACCACUGGCAGUAUACUUCAAACCUUCACACAGCCACCACCUCGAACAACUCUCAGUACACUUAAAGCCACCAUACACACACUUCCUAAAAUUCAAACUACAGCAAUUACAAACUUCAAUCAAACCACUAUUGGUACAAAUGAUAUUGAAAACCAAACAGAUAAAUCUAUGACUACGCCACCUCAAACCACUAAACAACGUCCAACCACUGUGAAUUCACAUGCAACGUCUCCUGAUCUGCAUAAGAACACAACGGACCUAGUCUCUUCAAUGCCUUCUCCUGAAAACUCUAUUUCACCAGAACCAGAUUCAACUACUGCAGGUUCUUCAAUUAUAAAUACUGAAUCAGCAUCAUCUAUCACUACUAAGCGUUCACCAACACAUUCAACACCGAUUCCUACCACUCCGGAGAUUUUCAAUACAUCUACAGAUUCAACAGUGGAUGUAACACUUAGUUCAGUUGUUUCAAUUUCAAAUUCAACAGAUUCAAUAACGAAUUCAUCAGUUUCAAAUUCAACAGAUUCAUUAUUAAAUAUGAAUAAUUCAACAAUUGAUUCAACUGUUACAUUGGGCAACUCAACAGAUAUUACGAAUGUAGAACAAACAACUCCUCUAGGAUCAUACACUGUAAAUGAUUCAACAAAAUCAGAAAAUUCAACUUUCAAUUCAAUACAAAAUUCAACCGCUUUACCGGGUAAUAGUGCACCUGGUAAAUCUCAAUCUACAACCGACAGCACUAAUAUGUUUGAAACAACAAGGACUAACAAAGUGUCCUUUGAACCAACGACCGAGAGUACCAGGGCAGAUGGAAACCUGUUGAAUAAGGCAUCAGAUAUCAAUAAUUCAAAUUUGUUUGUACUAUUCUUCUUCGUCUUAACCAAGUUGCUACGCUGGUCAAGGAUGGGUUAGAAUUACAACAUGAAAUCUAACCACAACUGUACAUAUUAUGCGGAACAUAAGUUAUUUGUAUUUCGGCUAGUAUAACAAUGCAUUGCAGUCAGUACAUAUAAGACUGUUCAUCGAAAUGAUUAUCCGAACAUUCUAAUUGAGUUUAUCGACUAAAAGAUAGUUUACAAUAAAUUAUACUUUUUCUUUUAGAAUUUUUCGUAAGGUUAAUGAAUUGAUGUGGACACGUGAAGGCAUAUACAUGGACGUUUGUAACCUCGUGUUAUAGGUCUAAAUUGCCCAAGUCCAGUCACAUGUUGUCUGCACUUGUCAUACAUAAGGGAAGAGGGGGACUUUUAAAGAGUUUUGUAAGUGUUGAUUGGGCAAAACAAACUACACGCGCAUGUAUUAUUGUCUAAUAGUACAUGGUUUACUUUAACCGGUGAAAAGUAUCGUUAUAUCGACAGCGUCGUGUGAUAGUCUUGAUUAAAAGUACUGUGAUAUUAUUUAUUUAUUAUUUUGUUACGAAACAACUGUAAGUUUACACAGUUUUGAUUUCGUGCAAUAUUCUUUUCGUGGUUUUGUAAUUUUCAAGUUAUUUGUCGCUGUACAUGUAUUAUUUCGUUCAUUUCCAAAAGAGUAUUUUGCGGAUUGUGAUAAAUCUUUGGAUUCCUUUAUCUAAGGAAAUAACACUGCUUUGAUAUAUUGAUGAUGAAUUUUAAUUGGCUUUUUAAACACAGGGGCGUGGCAAGAUCCCCAAACCCCACAUUCCAUACACAUAUAUACAGACCGCAUGGUGGGGGAUCUGUGCCACGCCAAUGUAGUUAUAAAAUAUGAAGGAUGCAUUACUUUGUAAAGCAAUCAUAGAUUCAGAAAUAAAUUGAUGAAUAUACAUACACCUGUAUUUUGUUCAUUUACAUGUACUUUCAUUUUGUUUUCUUCAGCAGAGAUUAUAUUUUGAAAUGGAUAUACUAAGUCAUUCUCUGAUUUUAAAUACUGUAUACAGUGAAUCUUUCGCUUUGUCACACAUUCGUCCUACGCCGAUAAAAUUCAACUUGAUCAUAUGUUCAUUUCGCCCUUUACGUUUGAAAACUAUGUUAAUCAUGUUGUAAACUAAUGUUGGUUCUGAAGAUAAAUUCGCUUGCAUUGCGGAGGGCGAAACGUAAACUACGGCAAAAGU